CAAUGGAUCAGGUGACCCCUGCUACAAAUGCCACGUGAUGUCAGAGAUGAGAUCUUCACCUUUUAACAACUGACCUUUCAUUUGAUUCUUAUUUCAUUAUUGUUUCCCUUACCAUGUCUGGACUCCCCACAUCUGGGAGGAAAGCCAAGACCCUGAUCAUCGAGGAUGACUGUGAUGCUGCACCUCUGGAUGAAGCCAACCCCUUUUCCUUCAAGGAGUUUGUGAAAAGCAAAAGUCACUCAAACUGUGAUGAAGAAUUCUCCAAGGACACCAAACAAAGUGCUUCACUGAUUCCCACGCCUGACAGCAAUCUGCAUUUGAGCUCUGAGUACCAGGAGACAUUUUUUAAAGACCCAACAAUUGCAGAUGAUUUGCUGGACGAGGACGAGGAUGAGGACGGGGACUGGAGUGGGAGUUAUCACCCGUCAGUCAUUGAACAAACGCAUGAUGUUGACACAUCUCAAGGCAGCUUUUGUGAGGAAUCAUAUCGAUACAGUGACGUCUCCUGUGGUGAUCCAUAUACAACAUGGCUGCCUGCCAGAGUGGUCUCUCCUUCUGCCGAGGCAGAUCCUAAUAAUGACACUGUUAAUUAUUCUAUGGAAGAGUUGCACUUUCGAACACUACAGAUAAAUUAUGAGGCGCUGCAGCAAGAGAACAAUCAUCUGAAACGGAGAGUCCGGGAAGUGGAGGAGUUGAACGAAUCCCAGGCAGAAAAGGUGAAAGAUCUGCAGACCAAGCUGGAGAAGAAGAUUAUGGAGGAGCAGAAGGAAGCACAGGACCUGGAGUCCAUGGUACAACAAGUGGAAGCAAAUCUCCAAAUGAUGACGAAAAGGGCAUCAAAGGCUGAGAAUCAUGUGACCAAACUGAAGCAGGAAGUGGCUCUUCUCCAGAUUCAGCUGAACACCUACAAAGCAGAGAACAAAGCUUUACGGAGAGGAGAGACGGCCGGAAUGAAUGCUGUAAAACAGAAUGCCAACUUAGCAUUGGAGAACCUGCACAAGGUGGUGAGCGGUGCUCAGGUCUCUAUAAAGCAGCUGGUGUCCGGAGCCGAAGCUUUAAAUAUUGUGGCCCAGCUCUUGAAAUCCAUAGACAAAAUAGCAGAAGUUCACGACGAUGUUCCUUAAAAUUGUAAUUCCUAUGUCUAUAAAAAUAUGCCAAAAACCACUAUUUUGUGAC